UGGCGAUUCCUCUGUACUAAUUCUCGCCUACGACCCAGACUUCGACUCGUUGGUCCAACAGUUCCACAUGCUGAUGUUAUCAUCACAACAUGCGGCGAAGAAAUUGACGUUGUUAUGGACACUGUUCGAGCAGCAUGUGAUCUCGACUAUCCUGCAGACAGAUACAGGGUGCUAAUCACUGAUGAUGCUGCCAAUCCAGACUUGGAAACACAAAUAGCAGCUCUGGCAAUCAGAACUCCGGUCACACUCUUGUACUAUGCAAGAACAACCAAAGGCGGUAUGAAGGCAGGCAACAUGAAUUCCGCGCUCAACUAUCUGCACAGUCUUGGUGCAGCCGAAUUCUGCACCUUCUGUGACGUCGAUAUGGUGUUCGAACCAGAAUUCCUUCGCGCCACGCUUCCUCUGCUAAUCAACGACGAUUCAGUUGGAGUGGCUGUUGUCCCGCAGAGGUUCUAUAACGUACCGACCAAUGAUCCGCUUUACCAAAGUCUCAACGUGGAUGGAAAGUUCGACGAAAUCCAACGUGAUAGCAUGAAUUGUGCAUGGGUGACCGGCCCCGGUGUCGUGUUCCGUUGCAGUGCGAUCAGAGACAUUGGAGGAUUUCCUGAGAAUGCCCUGGCUGAAGAUAUCUUGACUGGCUUCACUCUUCAGGGUCGUGGAUGGAAGGUCGUAUACUGCCGCGAGGAGCUACAGUUUGGUCUCGUACCAGACACCUUCAAGGCUCACGUCACGCAACGAAUGAAAUGGUUCGUCGGACGGCUGCGCAACUCCCGCAGGCUCGACUGCGCUAUAUUCUCACCACUGGUGAAAGGCAUGACAUGGAAACAGAGGAUCUCCGCGAUAUGUCAUUGCGCCUCGCCCGUCGCGUCCAUGAUGAACAGGCCGCUCUGUUCCUGCAUUAUUCUUGUGCUCAUUGCUUCGGGACGACCACUCAUUACCGCAAAGUCGAGUGACCUGCAGAACAUCAUAUUCGUAUACUUUCUGUUUAGGAUCACAAGUUUCAUCGAAGAUUUACUCGCGAGUACAGGGUGCGGCUAUCUGGCGCUACGUCGAAGAAUCGAAGGUAUGCACUGGCUGCAUACCCACCUGUUCUUUGCUCUCGCCAAAGAUCUGUUCCCAAAGUCACUGGCCGGACCUCGUAUUGGAUUUGUACCGACUGCGUUGGCAGAGUCCAAGACCCAGGAACGUCACCCUGAUCGCCGUCCUGGACUCGUUCAACGGCUGCGAGUGAUGUUCCUUUAUCAAGACCUGUGGUAUCAUGUUGCCUUGGCUGCAUUCGCAGCAGCAGUCUUCGUGUUGGGACUCGUGAAAGCAGGCGACCACGGAUCUCUGCAGUACCUCCUGACCCAUGUGCUGGUUCCCGGCGCCGCAUGGAGCAGCCACUUUGCCUCGCUCAGACCAAUCGCAUAUGCUGUUGCACCUCCAACCAUGCCAGAGCGACGGGAGCUGAUGUAUCAGGAC